AUGGCCACUGACUCUACAAAGCCAUCUGUUCUGAUCUUUGGCGGUUUGAACACCUGCUCCCGUGGUUUGGCCGCUUUCCUAGUCCCUUUGGAGGGUGAAGCCUUGGUGUCUCAUCUUCGUAUUGUUGAUAAAUAUUCCGUUCAUCCGCCAACUACCUACAUUGGACACGAAUUUACCAAAGUUCUGGAGAAACCUGAGGUAGAAUAUCGACAAGCUAACUUGACUGUUGCUGCUGCCAUCCAGUCCGCUUUCGAUCCUCCUGAAGGCAAAGCGGCUUUCGACUACGUCUUUGACUUCACUGGCGAAGUACGAUAUGAUCGCAGCGAAUUGAUCCAAAUCAAUACAACUUUCGGUGUAGCUCGCCUAUUAGGAUUAGAGGCAGCACAACGCAAAGUCAAGGCGUAUGUUAGGAUACAACAUCCUUUUUAUGAGACCUCCAGCAAGACCGCGGCUCUCGAGAAGGAUGAUAUCAAGCCAGCGGAGACAUUAGGCAUCUGGUGGCAUGAGACUCUCCGAAUGCAAGCCUCUAUACAAGAUCUUAACUUGGUCAUUCUCCGUAUUGGAUUCGUUUAUGGCCCUUAUACGAACUUCGGGAACAUUACAUCUGCCAUUACCGUCGCUUCUGUUUAUGGUUACCUCCAGAGGCCUAUGAAAUCCUUAUGGGGACCAGGAAAGAAUCCCACACAUUCAGUGCAUGUAGACGAUGUGGCUGGUGCCGCUUGGGCUUGUGCCAAAUGGAUGGAAUCUCAUGGGCGUAAAGCUGCAGAUGACCUUGCUGGAGAAGCUAUUUUAUUCCACAAUGACAAGAGCAGGGUCAAAGAGGUGGAAGGAAUGCUGCCUCACGAGGAGAAGCCCGUAGCCCCAUUGUUUAACUUGGUCGAUGACGCUAAAAGCACCUUAGCUAGCACAGGACAGACAAUAUCAGCUUGCUUCGGGACGACCUUCGAAUUUUUUAACAUGGUUGAAGUUACUCUGAUAAGGCUCAAAGACGACCUCGAAGAUAUUAACGAACACCACGUUGAAGGCUGGACCGAAAUGCUCAUGAACUCUAACCCUCCUAUCACCAACACUCCGCUGAAUCCUUACAUGGAUAAAUAUACUCUGGAGAAGCAUGUCGUGGCCUUCAAUAACUCGAAGAUCAAGAACAUCGUCGGCUAUAAAUUGCUGCACCCGGACUUCAACCAGGCUGAUAUCAAGGAGAUCGUCGACAAGUGGAAAGCUGAAGGCGUCUGGCCUAACGCGCAAAAUCCAAGUUCCUGA